AUGGAUUUGUAUCAUGUAAAAUGCAGAAGAUGGUCUGUUCUGCCGUUUCUGUUGUAUGGGUUACUUAUUCUGUAUGGGGGUUCGGAACGCAAUGACUCAAUGCCGAGGGAAAGUAUCUGGGGUGGGGGCAUCAUCACGCCGGUAGGUUUCCUCUCAGGUUUAAUGAAUUUUAGUGUAACGGAAGGGAGAGGUGAUAGGGGAAAAGAAAGCACCUUUGCUAAGGAGGAUCAUAAAAUAAAUAAUAGAAUUAGCCGAAGGGUUAUAAGUAGCAAUGGAGAAGGAUUUCAUGCAACGGUGUACUUCUCCGGUAGGAACAACGGAAGGGAAGAGUUACAUAGUGAGGACGAGUCUGUGAACAGGUGGGAUGGUAUCCCUGAUAAGGUUAGCCAGUUCAUGCACAAGAUGAUAAACGUAAAAUAUGAGAAUUUGAUGGAGGAUGCAAGGAGAGGGGGGCUAUUGUUGGAGAGAAAUGAAAUUUCCCACUUUGGAUGGAAGGCCAAUGAAGCCAUAAACUUAUCCCCGAUGGAUGAAGAAGAGUCUAUUAAAUGGAAAUGGAAGAAGGAAAAAGAAGAAUCAGCUUCAGUUAAGUUUGGUCCUAAUAACAAGUGCUUUUUUCUCUCCCGGAAGGAGUACAGCCGGAUGGGAAGAAUUCUUUCCUCUGCCAACGAGGACCAUCCAGAAGAAUCAACCAUUGGUGUACCUAACGGGGAUGAUACCUUCGAAGGAAGUGUAUUAAAUAUCCAUUUCACUGAGAACAGAAAUCUAUAUACGAAUGUAAAGGUCGGAGGGCAACCUCUGAAGCUGGCACUCAACAGUAGAGUCGAGGGCAUAUAUGUAUUUAUGAAGGAUUCGCAAGCAUGCUACGUAGGUGAGGAGGGGAUGAAUAGAAUUUGUUACGAUCCCAAGACAUCUAGAAAUUCUACGUGGUGCAACAACGACCUUCUAUGCCUCCCGGCCAUUUUGUCCAGGCCAUAUGAAUGCUACAGCGACAGCAAUCUGCUGUUGGAGAACAAGGCAGAGUACCCGAGCAUGUAUUACGAUUCGCUCAAGUUCACGGAGAGCCAUGUGGAGGGGUCAGACGAUGUGGAGCUACUGGACUGGAGAAGGGAUGACAGAGCUACCAACGAGACGAGCUCGGCCAACCCUAUCAACAACCUGGUAAGAAGGGGGGAGGACAAUACCUUCCAGAAUACAGAUAUCAAGUUGAUCACAGAUCUGAGCGUUUACAAUGGAUGGAGUCUAUUUAAAGACACUGAUGGGAUGAUGGGACUUGCCGGAAGGGAACUAAGCUGCAGGCAUGUCAGUGCGUGGAACAGUAUCAUCGAGAAGAACAAGUCCUUGUACGCCCUAGAUGUUAAUUUGCCCGAAGGAUCAGUGAAACCGUUCGUAGAGUCAGCUAGCCAAAAUGAUUCCAAAAAAGUGGGUUCAUCUUAUGGAAAAUUCGUUUCUAAAAAGGCAAGCACAAAAAAAGGAGAUGCAGCAACGGAAAGAAAUGGAACAAUAUCAGAAAUACACAUAGGAGAUUAUAAAAAGAACUUUGGGCCAAUCGUAUGGUCAGAGGCGAGAGAAAGAGGGGGAAUUUUCUCGGACUCCUUCAUGCAGUUUACCUUGUACAAUUUACAGGUAUGUGAAAAUAAUAUUUUUGGAAAGUAUAGUAGCAAUUGGCAGGGAGUAAUAGACCUAAGUAGUAAGUGUUUGGUCCUUCCGAAGAUGUUUUGGCUCAGUCUGAUGGAGUACUUACCCGUGAACAAGAAUGACGAGAGGUGCAUUCCGAAGAAUAAGGAAGUUAACUUUGAUGAAAGUACCAUACCGAGGAUGUGUUCCGUCGACCCCCGCAGUAGGCCUCUACCCGUGUUGAAAUUUUAUCUUUCGGAUAACGACAUAGUGAGUGAUAACAACGUAGGGGGAAUGAACGGUGCCAGUGAAGAAGCCUCACAGAGGAGAGGUAUUGAGCAAGUCCAUAUUCCCCUGGACAACCUUAUUAUUAAUGAGGAGGGCCAAAACGAUGGCUACCUCUGUGUGUUGCCAGAUGUACACGAAGGAGUUUCUAGUGAAAACAGCGGAAGGACCACCAAGCCAUUAAUUAAGUUUGGCACCUACGUAAUUAAUAAUUUGUAUGUAGUGGUGGACCAGGAGAAUUACAAAGUAGGGUUCGUUAACAAGAAGGAUUACCACUUCACGAACGACAGAUGCACACAGAGGCCCGUUUGUAUAGGAAAUCAGUUUUACGAACCCGCCUUGAAUAUCUGUGUAGAUCCCGAUUGCUCCGUAUGGUACUUUUACACGCUAAACGAGGAAACGAAGAAGUGCGAAUCUAUCUCCUCCCGCUUCUACGUUUUUCUGUUCAUCCUGCUGCUCCUGCUGUUCAUGGACAUACAGUCAUAUUACUUCUACAGGAAGUCGGUGCACGUGGCGAAGGUGUCCUCGCGGUAG